UGAAUGAUUUUUUUUGUUUUUUGACAUGCCAAAUCUGGAUCUAUUCAUACUGUAUAAAUAUAUUUCAAUAAAUUUAAUUAAGCGUUUUUAUAUAUGCUUUAAAAAUUCGGUUAAAAUAAGCAAUGAUAAACAAAUAGCUUAUAAUCUUGUGGGUAAUGAUCAAACGAUGAUCAAUACACCAGUUGUAAUAUUGCAUGGCCUUUUUGGUUCAAAACGGAAUUGGAAUAAUGCUUCUCUAUUAUUGGCAAAUAAGUGCAAAAGAAAUGUAUAUACUUUGGAUUUACCUAAUCAUGGUGACAGCUUUCAUUCCCUGCAACCUAUGAAUAUUUCUGAAUAUGCAUCAUCCAUUGAAAAUUUUAUUAUUAACAAAAAUGGAUUGAAUUUGAAAAAAUUCAUAUUGAUAGGACAUAGUUUGGGGGGAAAAAUUGCAAUGGAACUUGCCUUAAAUCAAAUUAAAGAUGGUAUUGUUGAUAAACUUAUAGUGUUGGAUAUUACUCCUAUUUCUAAAUCACAAUUAUCUAAUGAGAUAACAAAUUACUUUGAGGUAUUGGAAUCUAUCCAUUUAGAUAAUUAUUUAAAAAAUAACAAUAUCAAGAAAGAGAUAGAAGAUAUAAUGAAAACUGCAGGCAUAACUGAUCCAGGAAUUCGACAAUUUUUAUUAAUGAAUUUGUAUUAUAAUAAAAACAAAUCUAAGUAUAAAUGGAAAUUCAAUAUCUCAUCACUUAAACACAGUAUUAAAGGUAUGGAUAUUGUCAGCAAUAAUAGUUGUUUAGUUAAAACAUUAUUUAUAUAUGGUGAAAAAUCAAAUUAUGUUAAUAUAACUGAUUUUGAAUCAAUAUUUAAACAUUUUCCAAAUUGUCAAAUUCAAAAACUAGACAAUUCUGGCCAUUGGUUACACAUGGAUCAGCCACAAGCUUUAAUCAAUAUAAUUGACACAUUUAUAAAUUCUAAAUAGGAUAAUUUUAUUGAAUAAAACUAUUAAUUCACUUA